AUGGUUCGUGGGCUUUUGUUAUUUUUACGAAUACUCGCCUUCGCUCGGGCCAGCUACCAAUGCAUGCGUAUUUACGGGCAACUGCACUGCGCCCACGACCCGUCAAAGAUCCGGAAUGUGCAGCUUUUCGACGCAGAUGGCUUUCUGGGGAUUCAGGCGUUCAAUCAGGACGAUUUUAUGGGCAGCACAAUGACAAACGCGGAUGGUUCUUUCCUUGUAUAUGGUUGCGCGGAGGAUCAAAAUUUUUUAUUCAUCGUCGACCAGCCUGAUCCGUAUAUUACGAUGCAUCACCAGUGUAAUGGGCGGGACGAGACCCUGCGGCGCCCGUUGUCUCCACUAUUUAUAGGGGACGGUGUAGAAAAAUACUUCCUGGAUCUCAAUCUCACGUCGACCGCCCCUCUAUGGUGGAGACGGAAGAUGACUACAUUACCAACGACAACAAAUACGAUCACGACUACCACGAGCACGACUCCUAGUCCACGAACGCUCCCGGCCGCGCGGGGGAUCCUGCGUGGCUCGACAAAACUGCCCACCACACAAACAGAGCCGCCGACGUCACCAAGAACCACGACCACUGAAGAGCCGAAGUUGCCACAGCAACUCAUUUCUUAUUUGACUGGCGACGAUGCUACCCUAAGCUGCGGAGUCUCGGAGUUUAGCGAGGGCUCAAGACUUGAAUGGCGAAAAGAUGGGCGCAUCUUGGAGGUGAACGAAACGAUCGCGAUGACAAACAUUACUGAGGCCGAUGCGGGGGUUUACACGUGCUCUCAGGUGGCCAAUAACAGGACCGUUCUUUUGAGCGACACGAAAAUUACGGUUGAGCCGCGCAAGGAUGCAACAGUUUCUUUCUCGAAUAUCAAGCACAGGACGAACCAAAAUGUCACGAUACAUUGCUAUAUAUUUGACGCAAACGUGAAGCUCAUAGAAUGGAAGAAAGACGGUCAAAAAAUUCCGCCGCUUUCAUCGACUACUGAUGGAACACACUUGUAUCUGACUUCGAUUACCCUUGAUGCCGCCGGAAAUUAUACCUGUCGCUACGAAAAUCGUUUGGCGGAGACGAUGCUUACGGUCGACGACCCCUUUCCGGAAUUUUACUGGAUUUUCGUGAUACUGACCAGUUUAUCGUGCUGCCUCUUCAUCAUUGUCAUGCUCACCGCAAAAUGUCGGCACCACCGGAAGCGAGCCGACAAACUGACGUUCGAGUUGUACGCUAUGCAAAACGCCUUGCUCAACAAAGGGCUAUCCUGGGAACAGCUGCGAAAAGAAAUGUUACCCAUGGACCAGCAAGUCGAAAAGCUGGCCUACAAGGCUAGCCAGUUCGAGAUACCCCCUCGCAACUUGAGGAUCGAGGGGACGCUGGGCAGCGGGCAAUUCGGUUGCGUCAAGCGGGGGUGGCUGAAGACGCCGGUUUCGGGCGGUGGUGACAAGGAGGUUCUGGUGGCCGUUAAGAUGGCCCUAAACGUGGAGGACACCAAGCAGCAAAAGAUGCUCGCCGAUGAGCUGAAAAUAAUGGGCGCUAUUCCAGCGCAUAAAAAUAUUUUGCGGCUAGUAGGGGCCGUCACCCAAAAUAUGAGAAGCGGCCGUCUGUAUAUUGUAACGGAAUUUUGCGAGAGGGGAAGUCUUCUGGAUUAUCUGCGUUCGGUUGAAGAGGCCGCACGAUCACCAUUACAGUCGCCACGCUACCGCUCCCCGACAACAGUGUUCCAAUCCAUGCUGAAUCCGGGUCCUGACAAGGCACCCAUGCCGCUCCCAAAACUCCUUGCAGGCGCGGAAGUGGUGGAACCGGUGGAAGCGGAAUCCCUACUUACGGCAAAUGACCUCCAAAUCAUCAACGAGCUCCUCAAUUUCUCAAUUCAAAUUGCUGAGGGCAUGGCUUUUUUGAGUGCGGUUCCGUGCGUCCAUCGUGACUUGGCGGCGAGGAACGUGCUGCUGACUCACGAUAAGGUUUGCUGCAUCGCCGAUUUUGGGCUGGCCAAGCGCAUGAUGAAUGAUUAUUACAGAAAAGAUCCCAACUCGCCAGAAGGAAUGCCGCUGCUUUGGAUGAGCCCGGAAGCGUUCGAAACGUUGCGUUACACACAAGCAUCCGACGUUUGGUCUUUCGGCAUCCUACUCUUCGAGAUGUUCACGUUGGGCGCGAAACCGUAUCGCAGCGGAAUCAACCCAACCCUGAUGGAGAAGAUUAAGGGCGGAUUGCGUUGUCCGCAACCGGAAUACGCGAGUAGAGAAGUAUACUCCUUCAUGAAAGAUUGUUGGGCGCUGUCACCAGCGAGGCGGCCGACGUUCAAGCAAUGUGUCAUGAUCCUGGAGGAACUUGCCAGCCAGCAGCUUGAUUUGGAUGACCCGACGGCGGUUGCCGAAAUCAUUGAAGUGCAAAACCAAAUCUAUUUCCAAAAUGCUAAAAUUCUCGAUGGAUACGAACCAGUGACGCGACGGCUUGGCCAAAGUGUCGAAGGCUUGGUC